GAUAAAUAAUAGAACACAGAUUAAUUUAAGAAACUGAUUUACCAAAUAAGAUUGACAGGCAGACUCAGAUAGACUCAAAUAGACAGACUCAGAUAGAAAUAUAGUCAAACUCAGAUAGACAGACUCAGAUAGAAAGCUAGACAAACUCAGACAGACAGACUCAGAUAGAAAGCUAGACAAACUCAGACAGACAGACUCAGAUAGACAGACUCAGACAGACUCAGAUAGAAAGCUAGACAAACUCAGACAGACAGACUCAGAUAGACAGACUCAGAUAGAAAGCUAGACAAACUCAGACAGACAGACUCAGAUAGACAGACUCAGACAGACAGACUCAGAUAGAAAGCUAGACAAACUCAGACAGACAGACUCAGAUAGAAAGCUAGACAAACUCAGACAGACAGACUCAGAUAGACAGACUCAGAUAGAAAGCUAGACAAACUCAGACAGACAGACUCAGAUAGACAGACUCAGACAGACAGACUCAGAUAGAAAGCUAGACAAACUAAGACAUGACAGACUCAGAUAGACAGACUCAGACAGACAGACUCAGAUAGACAGACAGACUCAGAAAGACUGAUAAACAGACAUACAGACUUGGAUAGAAAGAUAGACUCAGAAAGAGACUAAAAAAAGACUCAGAUAGACAGACUCAGUCAGACAGAUAGAUAGAGAGACUCAGAUAAACAGACAGACUUAAAUAGACAGACUUAGAAAAACAGACAGACAAACUCAGAUAGACCGACUCAGAUAGAAAGAUAGACUCAGAAGGACAGACUGAUAAACAGACUCAGAUAGACAGUCUCAGGCAGACAGACUCAGAAAGACAGACUGAUGAACAGACUUAGACAGACAGACUCAGAUAAACAGAGAGACUGAGAUAGACAGACUGAGAAAAACAGAAAGGAUCAGAUAAAAAGACUGACUCAGAUAAACAGACUCAGGCAGACGGAUAGACAGACUCAGAUAAACAGACAGACUCAGAAAAAAACAGAAAGACAGACAGACAGACUCAGACAAACAGACUCAGGCAGACAUAUAGACAGACUUGGACAGACAGACUCAGAAAGACAGACUGAUAAACAGACUCAGAUAGACUUUAAAAAAACAGACUUAGAAAGAUAGACUUAUAAACAGAUAGACAGACUUAAAUAGACUUAGAAAGACAGAUUGAUAACCAGACAUACAGAUGAAAGAUAGAAAUAGCGAUUGUUAGCCAGAGAUACACAGAUAGACAGGCAGAUGGAUAAAUAGAGACAUAUAUAAUAUUGCAGACACAGACUCUCAGGUAGACAGACGGACAGAUAGAUGUGUAUAUGUGUUGGGGGGGGGGUGUACAGUAGGAUGUCUGAGCAGUUGUACGCUGGUCUCUUAGCUACGCUGAGUUUGGGGUUUGGUUCUUGGAGACCACGGCGCUGCUGGAGCUGCUCAGUGGAGUUUAUGGAAACCAGUAAGCGCUUUAAACAAUGGGCUGCUGAUCCAGUCUGCUGCCAUGGAGGCGGAGUGUGUGGUGGUGGGGGUUUACACAGGGAGCUGCUGAGGGUCUGGCUGGGUUUAUAUCAGAACUGCUGGAGCUCAGAGGAGCUCAGUGGUGUAGAGUUUAUGCAUUAAAAUACUAAAUUUAACCUGAAUUAUUCUUAAAUUAUUAAUUUAACCUGGAUCUGGAGGCUGAGACUGAGGCCCAGGUCUGGCCGGUGGAGAGACACCCUGCAGCAGCUCGCUGUGGCCUGGAGGGGGCGCUAUGGAUGCCACUGCUGGGGAUAAAAAAGAGAAAAUCAGACUGAAAUGGAAAUCCAUGGAUAAAGAUCUAAAAGACAGACAGCUGACCCACGGCCUGAAGUACGUCCACCGUGUCCCGUGUGAGGACACCGUCCAGUACAUGAGCUGCAGUGGGAGAGCAGAGGGCUUUCUGAGUUUACACCGCAGUGGGCGUGUCACGUUUUAUGAGCCUGACGGGCAUCUGAGAGACACGCCCACCCCGCCCAUAACUGUGCCCUAUGAGGGCCUCGCCCACACCCAGCGCCCGGACAGGCUGGUGGGCUGGGGGCCCGGGGCCACGCUGAUAUUGCUGGACUCACAACUAAUUCCGCUGACCUGCGCUCAGGACCCCCUCGACGUACGAGCGUGUCAGGUUCUGGAGGGUUCUUUGGAGCUGGUGACGGUGGGAGCUGGUAAUGUGUGUGUGUGGUGUUUGGAUCACAUGGUGUGUCGUGUGCAGGUGUUGGAGGGUUUGGGCCUGGAUGCUGUGUUCACGCAGCUGGCUGUGGCCCCUGCUGUGGGCUCUAAAGGCCCCCGAGCGCUGGCCCUGUGUGAUAGAGUGGUUACCGUGGUGGACCUGACCGAGGGCCGCGUCCUCCAGCGCACGACGAACCUCCACCUCAGGAGGAUCACAGGGCUGGUGUACUGCCCCCUGCUGCAGGCGGUGGUCACUGCGUCCGAGGACGUGUCCAUCAGAGUUUGGGGACCAGACUGGGAGCUGCUCAUGGCAUUUGUGGGACACACUGAUGUGGUCACCUCCCUGCUGCUGUGUCCUCUGUCUGGUCUGCUGCUGUCCUCGUCCCUGGAUGGGACUCUGCGCACCUGGAACCUACAGACAGGUGACCAGGUGUGGGCUGUGAGCGUCCCCUCCGGCUCGGACCCUCCGCUGACCCUCGGGGGUCCCAACACUUCUGGCACUUUUUUCUCCAUCUCCAGAUCUGGUGUAGACUUCUGGACCUUCAACAAGCUCUACGAGCUGCACUGCAAGCUGGGUGGAGACUCAUCCGGACCUGUCCGUCAAAUACUAGUCCCGCCCACUUCCCCGCCCUACCCUGCUCGUGUACUGUGUGUACAUGGUGACAGUGAUGUCACUGUGGUGUCAGUGGAAAAGGGGGCGGUGCUUACGACGUUCAGAGCCAAUAGCAGGGUAAGAUGUGCUGAUUACUGUUUAUGGAGAGAGAUUCUAUUGGUUCUGACAGAAGAGGGAGUGUUGAUUAGAGCCAGUACACUGACCAAUCCUGUGACUGUGUUGGACGAGCUGCAUUGUGAUUGGUUGGAUGAGAAGCAGCAGGUGCAGGUGAGGGCGGGGCUUGCCUGCUGUAUGGCGCUGUACAGUUACAUUGCCGACCUAGAGGGGGCGCUAGAGGAGUGGAGGUCACUGCAGCAGCAGAUGGGGGUUAAAACAAGGAACCGAAAGUAUUUGGACAGCGACAAGAACAGGUUUCUGGUUAUAUUGGGUCAUCGCAGUGGGGGUAUCAGUGUGAUGCAGAUGCAUUCUGGGAACGUCCAGUACAGAGUCUCCGCCCAUAACGGCCAAGAUGUCCACUGCAUACGGGCUUAUCCUGACACCAACUGCAUCCUUACUGCCGGUGAGGACAGAUCAGUGCUGGUGUGGAGGGUGUUCCCGCAUGCGCAGGAGUGUGUGAGUCUGCAGGUGAGUGUGUUCUGCGCUCACACUCCGGUGUGUGUAGCUAUGUUGGACUCCCUGCUGACCAUCUGCCUUCAGCAGCCACAGAGCGCCACCUUCAGUCUGGUCCAGUACGACCUGAACACACACACUCGAACUGACUACCCCCCACAUCACGACCACAGCAGCACCAUAACAGGGCUGUGUGUGUGUCCGAGGCUGUGUGUGUUUGUGUCCUGCAGUCAGGACAGUACAGUGCGCAUCUGGGAUGAGGAGAACCGGCUGGUAAGGACUCUGGAGCUGAACGCUGAGCCGGAGUGUGUGGAGUUUGGGGGAGAGGGAGGAGUGCUGCUGUUGGGAAUCAGAGGAGACCUUUACAGAAUAAACUGCACACACACACUCCCCCAACACAUCCAACUUCGGUUUCUGUAUGAUGAGGAUCAGCCUGAUCCACUAAUCUCCUGCAGCUCCACCUGUAAACACAGGGCUGUCAGUGAAGUGGACCAUCCUGAAAUACAGGAAGAUGCCAAAGACCCAGAGCUGGAGUGUUUGUUGGUGAGGAACAGAGAGCUGCUCUCUCUGCAGAAUGGAGAGACCCUCAGCAGGAUGAAGAAGCCCACCAGUACCCCCCAGACCCGGAGAGAGGCCUUCACCCAGUACCUCCGGCUCAUCUACAAACAGCCCAAUCACAUUCAUAUACCAGAUAUUGAUCCCUUUGAUCUGGAUGCUGCCCUGUUUCCUCCAAAACCUCCUGAACAGCGCCCCCUGACCCCGCCCACACUUCGGGAGGGCUUCUUCCCCAACCGCAGUCUCAUCAGGAACCUGGAUGGGAAACAUGCACAGGCCUCGCCAGGUUUCAUCCCCAACUCUGUGUUGGUUGGGCAGCUGUGGCCGGAUGUGGUGGUGGAGAACACUGUGCCUGCUAAACCCUGGAAGCUACGGGACGGCCUCGGCCUGAAGACUGAGGAGGAGGAAGAGGAGCAGUUCUCCGACUUUGAUGAAGAGAAGAAGUUUGAUAUGUGCCUUUUGGUACACACUGAAAACAACUCACCAAGUCCACUCCCCACCACACCACCAACACCUCCACCACCACCUCCCCCAAAACAGAAGAUCAAAAACAUUCCAAAACCCCUUCCUCCAAUUAAACGAACCCCGCCCCCCAAAAGCCCACCAUCUCCACCUAAAGCCCCCACUCCACAACCACCCCCAACUCCAACCCCCUCUCCACCCAAACCCACACCCCCACCCUCACCUCCACCCAAACCAGCCACGCCUCCACCUCCCCGCACUCCUUCACCACAGCUGCCCUUCUUCCUGCAGCCGUUUCUGGAGGAGCAGUGGUUCCACAGCAUGUACCCAGACCGGAGGUGUAUUCCUGAGUCUCUGGCUCCACUGGAGUUCUGUGGUCAGUUGCUGGACCUUCUGAAGAUCUGCAGUGUGGACCAGAAGUUUGGUGUCCUCAGAGCCAUCAUCACCCUGCACAGAGACAGCCUGCAGAAACACACACAGAUCAUCACACACAGCCUGCUGACAUCCCUACACACCUGCCUGAACCAGGACAUGACAGAUGAGGAGGUGCGUUUUGUGGAGGAGCUGCUGAAGUUCUUGGUGUGUGUGGAUCCUCACAGCUAUGAGCUCACUGUGGAACUGCUCAGCCUGCUGGCAGACAAACAACUGCGACUGCAGGGUCAGGCGUUGAGUUUGCUGCAGGUUCUGGGAGUGGAUGAUGCUCAGCACUAUCUUCCUCCUCAGUUUGAGUCGUGGGAUCGUGAGGCUCGAAAGCAGCCGGACCCUCUGGACGCAUUGCGGGAGGCGGCUGGCCAGUGGCUCAACAGCUGGACUGAUCAGUACAGGCUGCACAGGCGACUUCCUCAGAGCUCCAGGGGCAAGAGUGUGGUCUCACCUGUGGAGGUCCUGCGCUUUUACUGCUGCCUGCAGAGGGAGGGGCAGGUACAACCCCCGAAAACCCCGCCCACGGGCAGGAGAGACACGGUGCUGCUGGACCCGCAGAGAAACAGGUGGAGGCCGGUGCAGCGUCUGGGAGAGACUUACUGCAUGACCCGGACACGGGAACCACGAAGACUGUGGUUGCCUCCGUUGCCGUCCAGGCCCCUGCUGAUGGGUUUCACUCGGGUUCUGCAUCUUCCUCUUCCUCAGAUCACCCUCUCUCCUUACCCCUUCUGUCUGGACUCUCACUGCCUGAAGGAACUUCCACCACCUCGAUACUUCAACAUACAGCGCUCCUACAUCUCCUCCUACAGAUAAACACUGCUACAGAACUAAACAACACAUCUGAAAUGAGACAAACUGUUAAAAUACAAUAAAUAUACAAAAUAUA